AUGGACAUGGAGAGCCCAAUCCCAACAAUGGAUAAAGUGAUCUUAGUAAAGGAUGCAACAAUUGUGGAGAAGGAAAACCUGGAGAAAGAACUAAAACAAAAAGAUGAAGAGAUUCAGCGGAUAGGGAGACUUCUAGAUGAAGCUAAUGAAAUUAUGAAUAAACAGAGGGUUGAGCUUGAGGAGUUGAAGAAGACGGCUCCUGAAAAGGAAGAGAAAGCAUCUAGCAUUAUUGAACUAGAUAAAAAUAGGGAAGAAGAUGAAGAAGAGAUGAAGGAUGAUGAGAUUUGUACCAACUCGAUAUGGUAUCUAGAUACUGGAGCAAGCAAUCAUAUGUGUGAGAACGAGAACUUUUUUUAUGAACUCACCAAGGUGGAGGCCAAAUUUGUGUCUUUUGGAGAUAACUCCAAGGUGGCCGUGAAAGGGCGUGGAACAAUUCAGCAUAUUCAGAUUAAUGGACGAGUUGGAGAGAUUAUGGAUGUUUAUUAUGUUCCGGAGUUGAAGAACAAUACUUUUAGCAUGGGUCAGAUAAUUGAAAAAGGUAAUUCAAUUUUUAUGAAAAAUCAGGUACUGUAUUUAAAGGAUAAGCAUGGUCGUCUAACAACCCAGGUAAAAGCAAAGAAGAACCGGUUGUAUGAAUUGGAGCUGAAAAUCUUGGAGAGAAGAUGCAAACCCGAAGUAGGAUGA